GCCAAAACCAAGAUUCGAAGUAACAACAGAGAUUCUGAUUGGUUCUUCUGACACCCGCGAGGGGUUGCAAGCGAAGAUUUGCGAAAGGGUUUAUUGUUUCUUCCUUUCGGGAGCCGAAAUUAUUUCAUAACAGUUCUACAAUCAAAUAAGGCGAAAAAUGGCUGGGGGCAAGGCCGGAAAAGACAGUGGCAAAGCGAAAGCAAAGGCGGUAUCUCGCUCCCAGAGGGCUGGACUGCAGUUUCCAGUGGGACGUAUCCACAGGCACUUGAAGACCCGCACAACCAGCCAUGGUCGUGUGGGAGCCACAGCGGCCGUCUACAGUGCAGCUAUCCUCGAGUACCUCACCGCUGAAGUGCUGGAGUUGGCAGGAAACGCCUCUAAAGAUCUCAAGGUGAAGCGUAUCACCCCCCGUCACUUGCAGCUCGCCAUCCGUGGUGAUGAGGAGUUGGACUCUCUCAUCAAGGCAACGAUCGCAGGAGGCGGUGUGAUCCCUCACAUCCACAAGUCCCUCAUUGGAAAGAAGGGUCAGCAGAAGACUGCAUAGAUGCAGUGUUUUAGCUGAAAUGUUGGUGCUUGGGUUGGACCAGAUAUUUUGUUUUCAUUUUUCCUUUUUUUUUAUUAAUAUUAUAGCUAAAGAAGAGUGAUUUUUAGAAUUUGUUAUUGUAAUAUUCUCCCCCAUAAUCAUGGAAAAAGCCCACAUUAGAAGGAAGAGGGAGGGAUGCUUAUUGUUACUGUAGAACGUCUGACUGGGGAGUUCUUCAUUUGUUAAUUGUAAUUUGUUUGAUUGGCCUGGGAUUCUGUAAUGUUUUAUACAAAAAAAUGGACUUGUUAAACCAUUUUUAUACAAAAAACCAA